CUAUCUACACCACCACCACCAUCUAAACCUACACCACCACCACCACUAUCUACACCACCACCACUAUCUAAACCUACACCACCACCACCACAAUCUACACCACCACCACCAUCUAAACCUACACCACCACCACCAUCUAAACCUACACCACCACUAUCUACACCACCACCACCACCACUAUCUACACCACCACCACCACUAUCUACACCACCACCAUCUAAACCUACACCACCACCACCAUCUAAACCUACACCACCACCCUCACCACUAUCUACACCACCACCACCAUCUAAACCUACACCACCACCACCACUAUCUACACCACCACCACUAUCUAAACCUACACCACCACCACCACUAUCUACACCACCACCACCAUCUAAACCUACACCACCACCACCAUCUAAACCUACACCACCACCACUAUCUACACCACCACCACCACCACUAUCUACACCACCACUAUCUACACCACCAUCUACACCACCAUCUACACCACCACAAACAUCUAGACCACCAUCUACACCAUCACCACCAUCUACACCACCACCACCACCAACUACACCACCACCACCUACACAACCACCACCAUCUACACCACCACCAUCUUCACCAGCAACACCAUCUACACCUCCACCAACUACAGCACCACCAUCUACACCACCACCUCCACCAUCUACACCACCGCCACCACCUACACCACCACCACCAACUACAUCACCACCACCACCUACACCGCCACCUACACCACAUUCUAAACCACCACCAUCUACACCACCAUCUACACCACCACAAACAUCUAGACCACCAUCUACACCAUCACCACCAUCUACAAUACCACCACCAAAUAGACCACCACAAUCUUCACCACCAUCUUAAACAUCAGUACCACUACCACCAUCUACACGAACAUCUACACCACUACCACCAUCUACACCACCAACACUAUCUACACCACCACCACCA